AUGAGCGCCUUCGACCGCGUGGACAUCCUCCGCUCUGCGGAAGAUGACGUCAUUGUCUUCAUAAAACGAGACGAUGACCCUUACCAACCCAUGACCUCAGACGAGACAGUGCCAGCAGGGGGAACCGUGACCCUGACCUGCAUUGUUGCUGAGAGUGACAACUCCUCCCUCCAGUGGUCGAACACGGCCCAGCAGACGCUGUAUUUUGGAGAGAAGAGAGCUCUGAGAGACAGUCGUAUUCAGCUGCACAAGUCUACGCCCACUGAGCUGUCAAUCACCAUCUCUGACGUGCAGCUGUCUGAUGAGGGAGAGUACACCUGUUCCAUUUUCACCAUGCCUGUCCGCACCGCCCGGGCCACAGUCACUGUGCUGGGUGUGCCCAGUAAGCCUGUGAUCCAGGGCUAUGAGGAUCCAGUACAGGAGGGAGGAAAAGUGACUCUGACCUGUUCCAGCACAGGCAGCAAACCGCCCGCCAGGCUCCGCUGGUUCAGAGGAGAUGAAGAACUACAGAGUCGGCCUGAUGUGGUGGAGUCAAAUCGAGACUCGCCCACCUACAUGGUGACCAGUGAACUAAUACUGACGGUCAGUAAAGAGGACAACGGCGCCACCAUCGCCUGUGCAGUGGAACAUCCCUCUCUGGCCCCUGGAAACAAAAAAACAGAGGAACAGCUCAACGUACUGUUUUCUCCCAGUGUGUGGAUUCGGCCAGAAAAUGAUCUGCCUAGAGAAGGGGAGAAGUUCCAUCUGCAGUGCAUAGGCAAUGGAAAUCCAGAACCUACAUCUUUCGUUUGGGAGAAGAAAGAUGGACCCCUGCCCCCUAUGGCCAGAGUGUACGGUGCUUUCCUGCACUUUGAGAUGCUGAACAAGUCUGACAACGGUGUUUACCUGUGUAGGGCAGACAACGGCAUUGGCACCGAGGCCGGAUCCUACACACUGCUGGUCCAAGAUCAGGGAGAUUCAAACCUCUUGUUCCCCACCUUCGUCUACUCAUCAACCUCCUCUUCCUCUCCCUCUCCCCAUUUCUCUCCAACCUCCUCUCCUUAUCCCUCUCUUCUACCAUCCACCGAGUCGUCAUCAUCUCUCCCUCCCUCACCUACUCCUGUUCUCUUCUCCUCUUCUGUCUCUCCAUCCAUCACUCCCCCCUCAUCUUCUCCAACAUCUCCCCCUGUGUCUACUGCUCCCACCUCCUCUCCACCACCCCCUCCUGAAGUCUCCACUACAUCUCUCUCCAACUUUCUCUUUCCUGAUCUCACUGUUGCUCCUUCGCCCGCUCCCUCCUCCUCCUCCUCCUCCUCCUCCUCCUCUCCUCCUCCUUCCUCCUCUCCUGUCCCCUCUUUCACUCCAUCUUUGGUUCCCAUCCGGCUGAAUGGAGUGUACAGUUUCACAGAAGCCGCAGACAACACUGCAGACCCCACGGCAAUGCCCACCUCCUCAGGAGUAGACCACGCUGUGAUUGGUGGAGUGGUGGCUGUCAUCGUCUUCAUCAUGCUCUGCCUCCUCAUCGUCCUCGGCAGAUAUCUCAUCAGACACAAAGGGACGUAUCUGACUCACGAGGCCAAAGGCUCAGAUGAUGCUCCUGAUGCGGACACUGCCAUCAUUAACGCAGAGGGAGGUCACUCUGGAGCGGAGGACAAGAAGGAGUACUUCAUCUAA